AUGGAAAAGCUCACCCCCAACGAGCGGGAAAUGAGCCCUCUCUCACUCCCACACGAUGUUCGUGAAUCAUCCCCAGAGCGCGAUAUGGACCCGCGCAAUCCGCAGAAUUGGAGUUCAACUCGGAAAACAUUGCUCUUUAUCGCGUUAAUGUCUAGCUCGUUGUUGGCGGAUGGUGCAAUGGUCUGGGGCGGAACCCUCAUAACCCCCCAAGCCCUCGAAUGGGGAAUCUCAAUCAACAAAUCCGCGACCAGCAUGAACUACGGGAUUCUUUUGCAGGGGUUUGGGGGGAUUUUUGCGGUGCCGUUGAUUGAGGCCUAUGGGCGCCUCCCAAUCUGGCUCUGGCCCCAGAUAAUAACAACAUUCAUAGUCCUCGGCGCAACACUCUCAAACAACUACGACACCUUUACCGUUUUUCGGUCCUUGCAGGGUCUUUUUGGGACGGUGCCGCAGGUUAUUGGGUUGCCAAUUAUUCGGGAUAUGUAUAGGGCUGAGGAAUGGCCGCGGAUGAUAAAUAUCUGGUACUCCCCCAACCCAUCUCCCAUCGAUCCCCUGAUUCCCUCAUCCUCUCAUGCCAAUGCUAAUGUUUCUGUUAAUAAUAGGGGAACAACCUUCCUAGUAGGCCCCUUCCUCGGCCCAGCAGUAGCAGGCUACAUUGGCGCAGCGACGACCUGGAGAAUCUCUUUUGGAGUGUUGACCGCCCUCUACGGAGUGUCGACGUUGCUGGUUAUUCUCUUUGGAAGGGAGACGUACUACAAUGCCGAAAAAACAGCAAAUUCGUCAUCAGCCUCUUCAAGGCUAGCGUCCUAUUUUGGGAUUGGUAACACAACCCUCCCGAAAAUGAAAACAAUCAGUUACUGGAGUAGGAUGCUGGUUGCUUAUAUCUUUCGGUUUCCGUUGUUUUUGACGGGGAUUACUAUUUUGGUUAUCUUUACCUGGCCCAUCGGAAUAACAACAACAAUCGACACCUUCCUCCACAGCCCACCGUACCUCUUCAACACAAUCGGCGCAUCCUCAAUGCGUUUCGCCGGUGUUAUUGGCGCACUCUGUGGCUGGCUAGUCGGUCACCUCUUCAACAACCAAAUCUCCACACACAACGCAAAUUCACGCCCAGAAGCCCGCCUCCACGGCAUCUGGUUCCCAACAUUUAGCAUGGUCACGGGCCUCCUAACCUACGGCCUCACAAUGCAUUUCCAGAAACACUGGAUUGGUAUUGCGUUUGGGUGGGCGAUGGUUAAUGUGGGAAUGGUUGGGACUAUUGUUGCGAUUACAGCCUACGCACUAGAAAAAUACCCCUAUCACGCCACAACCGUCUCCGCCAUCUUAAACAUGUGGCGGACAUGCGGCGGGUUUGCGGUGGGAUAUUUUCAGCCUGCGUGGAUUGAGCGGUGUGGAUUGGGGCUGGUUUUUGGGUUGCAGGCUGUUGUUGUUGUUUUUUGUGUUGUUCUUACUAUUGUUCCGGUUUUUAUUAGGGAGAGGAGAGCGACCACAGCUAGAGCUGGGGCUGGGGGUGUUUAG